CUAAAGUACCGGAAGUAGUCGGUCUGUUGUCGUUGGUCGAGUGCGCUUCACAAGCUGCUUUCAGAGGCGCUGGGCUCCACAGAUGUAAAACAACGAGCAGAGUUUCUUCAAGUCUCCACCGCUUCUAUUUUAAGACAGGCUUCCAGCCAUGUCUGCUGUGGUGGAUCUAAAGACAAAGGAGGAGAAGGAUGCAGAGCUAGACAGAAGGAUCGAAGCUCUACGGAAAAAGAAUGAGGCUUUGGUCAAGAGAUAUCAGGAAAUACAGGAAGAUAAGAAGAAGGCAGAGCAAGAGGGCAUCGCCGUGACAACGACUCGCAAACCCCGCCCUCAUGAGCCUGACUCUGAACAGAGAAAGACGGAGAAAGAGAACUUCACUGUGACGGUCGACAUUUCCAAACCAGCUGGGGAAAAGCAUAUGGUGAGUGACGGGAAACCAGCCACAUAUUGUGGUGACCAUGGUGUAGAAGAGGGAGAAUCUGGUCGGUCUUUCAGCGAGGGCCUCCCCUACAGAACAGGCUCAGGCCGGCUGAGCAGAGGUGGUCACCGUGGGGGAAGAAGAGAACCUCGCCUAAACAAAGGUGAACCACGGUCGGACUGGCCACCUCAGGAUGGAGAAGGUGGAGAGGGCCCUGCUCGCUCUGAACGGUCCUCUAGAGGAGGACGCAGAGGAGGGAGAGGUGGAGGAGGAACACCGGGAGGAUCUGGCUCUGAUAGGAAAUCAAAGGAGUGGGAGGAGAAGAGAAGGCAGAACAUAGAGAAGAUGAAUGAAGAGAUGGAAAAGAUUGCUGAAUAUGAGAGAGGUCAAAGGGCUGAAAGAGAGAAGAACCCCACACGGCACUUCCUGGAUGAUCCACGGCGUAGUGGACCGAUACCAGACACUGACCGCAAGGAGGGAAGCAGACGACAUGUGCGCAACUGGGGUGGAGUCGACUUUGACAAUGUGAAGACUGGGACUGAAGUCGAGAAAGAAUGGAUGAAUCGUAGGCCAAGUGGUAAAGGCUCAGUGGAUAUGACUCUGUCCAUGACUGGUCGGGAGAGAGCUGAGUAUCUCCGCUGGAAGAAGGAACGUGAGCAGAUUGAUGAGGAACGACUGGCUCGGCAUCGUAAUGCCACCGGCCAAUGGAAACGAGAGUGGGAUGCCCAGAAAACAGACCAGGGUUUCUGCAGGUUCAAGGAGGAAUCAGCUGUGGCCGGAGAGGGCACACCAGAACAAAGUAACAGGAGAGCAGCUAGGGGGCGCAAUGCUCAUGUACAGCGACGCAGUGGAUCUUCAGAAGAUAGCAAGAGGCCGCCUAGAGACCCCACUUUCGGGGACUUCUUGGGGCAGACCAAAUCCAGACAAGGUGGCCGUGGGAGAGGGAAGGGUCGAGGUCAAGGCAAGAGCUACAGCAUGCAUGAUAACCGGUGGGAAGGAGAAAAUGAAGAGGAGAAAGGAAGAAAGGAGGAGCAAGAAACCGAAAAGGAGAAGGACAAAGAAAAGGACAAUGAGAAAGAAGAUAAACCCAAAGCACCAUUAUUAGAGAAGAUGGUUGAUGAAGGACUUGCUGAAGAUGAUGAAGAAUGGGAGGAUGCCAGUGAUGGUGAGGAGGACGAUGAGGAAGAGGAUGAAAAAGGAGAGCAUGGAGAAGACAAAGAAUCCACAAAAAAUGUUAAACCAACAAAAAAGACCCCUACCUCUCCUGCACCCUCUACUCCAAGCCCAAAAGCGCAGCGAACUCCCAGACCCAAAGUCCACAUCCCCUCCCCACAGGAAACACUCAGUAUGCCUGAAGGGCUCAAGCCCCCUAGCCCCUUCUCCCCACUGGAGGGCCACCAGCCAGUGUCAGACUGGGGUGAGGAGAUGGAGAUGCUUUCUCCUAGAAGUAGCCUGGGUGAGAGCCCUCUGCGGCCCAGCAGCAACGAAAGCAGCCCAGCCCAGCUGAAGAGCAACGAGGCUGAGCAUUAUACAACCCCCGGCCAGCCAGAAGAACCAGAUAAAAAGAAAAGCACAUCUACAGUGGUGGAGUCUGCUACCUGUGAAACCCCAAAAGAGGCUGAACCAACUGAAUCUACCGACACUUCCACCUCAAGCAGCCAAGAUACAGCUGAUCCCGUAGUUCCCCCCACUCCAGAGAGCACCAGACAGAGUGAGGACAACGAGGCUCCUACUGUAGAGCCAGAUGAGAGUCAGCCUGAAACAAAGGCUGUUGAGGACGCAGAAGUGGAUUCAUCAGAACAACUGUCCACAGGCUGAGGACUAAAUGCAGUAGAUGAACUUUUCAGUGGUCCACAGACCAGGAGAGGUAAGCAGAGGCAGGAGGGGACAUCAGAUUUAAUGGACAGCUGUUUUCUGUAUAUCAAACAGUCUAUUAGGGACAUUUGGAGCCCCGCCUCUAUUUCAACCAAACUGUAUAGCCUGCUGUUUUUUUUCAGUUACACCCCGUUGGUUGGGACUCUCUGUUGUUGUCAAGCCAUACUGCUGCUGCUUUUUUUCAAAUCAGUACCCAAAGCAUAUGUUUUUUCCUGGGAUUAAUCAUUUAAGCAUACUAUGAUCAAACCAUGAGAAGUUUUUACGUGUUUGAGGGAGAAGUGUCUGUUUCCCAUCAGCCUCAUUCUAAACUUGUUUUGAUCCAACCUACCUAGACCACAAAUUAUAUUAACCCUUUGUAAAUGAUAUUUAGCACAACGGCACUCGAAUACAUGACAUCUGACAACAAAUUUGGGGGGGGAUAGGGCAUUAUAGUUUUUUCAGGGCUGUGUCUUGAAGCUAUUAUGUGAACAUAACAUUCUGAUAUUAAAGACAUGAAGACAAGCUGUGGAUGUUAAACUUGAAUGAUUGGAAAUUAUGUACAGAUAGACCAAAGAAAAUCAUGGUAAAAAUUCUAGGAAUUUGAAUGAGGAAGAUUGAACAACUGGGCACAAAAAGAAAAAAAAAAGUGUGUGUACCUCAUCAUAUCUAAUGUUGGUUUUAUUUACUUUUUUAAUAUUUUGUUUAUGCAUCAUGUAUGUUUAGUAUUUUUAUGCAGCAGGUUAUUUUGGUUUAUGCAAGUGUAUUUGGUAAAGUGUGUCCCUGACUUUGAAUGAAUUAAGCAGGAGCUUGAAAACUUGCAAUAUGUAUAAAUCUUUAAAAAUGACAGACAUUCCAAUGCUUUGUAAGUGCACAUUUCUGUCUACACAAUGUGCAUUGCAUAUCCUUGUUUUUCAAUUUAGCUCAUGGAGCAGAAAUAAUCAUGACAUUUGUGAUUGUAUUGUACCUACUGCAUCUCCCUGCAGAUGAAAUGUCUUCCAGUUUGGGGUAGAAAAUUUAUAUAUAGGGCUUAUAAUUUGGUUUGCCUCUUGUAGGAGGUUUGGUUUGGCUUUUCAGCUGUGCAUGUAGCAUGAUACUAAAGUGUUUAUGGGAUUUACCUCCAGGGUUUUCAUCCUGGACUACAUGCAGUCCAGUCUUUUUGUUUUAGCUUACAGAAGAUAUUUUGGUUGCUUUUAUCACCUUAGAGUGAUGUGUGACCAGUAAGCGAGUGCAACUAUUUCUAUACUUUGUAAGCUGUCAUCUCAAAUAAAUGACAUCUCUGCCUUAUGCAUAA